AGACCCUUGGUGCUCUUCCCGAAAGACUCUUGGAACACGAAUGGGGGGAUACCGCACCACCGUAGGCCGGUUCGCCCCAUGGGGCCUAGCCACACACCGAUACGAUCGUGAACUGCGUUCUUGAGCGUCAUUUUGUCCCCUCAGUACAUCCAACCCUGCUACUCCUCGAGAGGAGAGGGACCUUGAGAUGAGCGUCCCGGGUACUCCAGCUGAGCCCGCCGACGCCAUUGACGCUCUCCCAACCCUCAAUGACCCGCCCAAGAACAAGUUCCGACUUAUGUCAUGUUGUUUCCAGAACUUCUUGGGUGGUUUGAUUGACGCAGCUCCCGGUGCCCUAAUUCCUUAUAUGGAAACUUAUUAUGGUAUCGGGUACGCCGAAGUAUCUCUUAUCUUCAUCGGAAACGCCCUGGGAUUCAUCAUGGCGGCGCCAUUCGUCGACCAAAUCCGCCAGCGCCUAGGACGAGCCAAAACCAUCGCAUUGUCGCAGCUCUGCGUGGCUAUCGGUUUCAUUCCUUUCAUCUGCGCAGCGCCAUUCCCCUCUGUGGUCAUCGCUUACUUCUUCAUUGGCUUCGGUCUCGCUCUUCAACUAGCUAUCGCCAAUGUUUUCUGCGCCAACCUACGUAACAACACGACGAUGCUCGGUGCUAUGCAUGGUAGUUACGGAGUCGGCGGCACAAUUGGCCCACUCGUCGCGACGUCCAUCGCUUCGAGCGGUGCCAUAUGGAGCCGAUACUAUUUAAUAACACUCGGCCUCGCCCUCUUCAACGCCUGCUUCUCCCUCUGGUCUUUCUGGGGUUACGAGAAAGAGCUUCGCGGCGGUAACGAAUCGAACGUUCUCUCCGAAACAAGCUCCCGCGGUGCUGACCAGAUGUCCAUGAUGCUCCUCGCUUUCAAGUCCAAGGUCGUCAUCCUAGGUGCUAUCUUCAUCUUCGCUUACCAGGGAGCCGAAGUAUCCAUCUCCGGUUGGGUUAUCUCAUUCUUGAUCGCUACGCGAAAUGGUAAUCCCUCGGCUGUCGGUUACGUGACCUCGGGUUUCUGGGCUGGUAUUACGCUAGGUCGAUUCGCGCUUUCGCCUAUCGGCGCUAAGAUUGGCGAGAAGAGUUUCGUGUAUAUUCUCGUAGCUGGCGCUGCUAUCUUCCAAUUGCUGGUCUGGCUAGUUCCUAACAUUAUUGGUGAAGCUGUUUCGCUAGCCAUUGUUGGAUUAUUACUUGGGCCUGUCUACCCCUGCGCCGCCGUUGUUUUUACACGCAACCUUUCUCGUCGCGAACAAGUCAGCGGUAUGGGAAUUAUCAGCGCUUUUGGUAGUUCUGGUGGUGCUGUCGCUCCGUUUACUACUGGUCUUUUGGCUCAGGCGGCUGGUACCUUCGUCCUGCAUCCAAUUGCUAUCGGUUUAUUCGCGGUCAUGUGCUUGUGCUGGUUGGGGCAGCCUAGUAUUAGGAAGAGGACGGAGUAAGCCGGAGAUUUAUACGGGCUUGGUUUAUGAUAGUGAGCGGGUGUGUGGUAGGUUUCGGUGGGGGAUAUGUGGAGGUAGUCGUGGGAUCUCAUUUAAACAACCAAAGGUGUCUUGGGGCGUAUCUCCAGUGAUACACAGGUCAUGGGAACCCCGCGAAAGUACUGGAUUUGUUAAAAAAAUGAAGGAAAUAUUUUGAUUUAUGUCCCACUUCAAAAUCCACUGGUUUCAAUUUACUCAUUUAA